CUUUCAGGGCUAUUUGCCAGAGUGACUGGUUUAAUAGACUGGGCAGCUGCUAUAGCGGCGGCUGGAUCGGCUGCCAGUGCUGUCACUUCUGGUGCAAGUGUACUUAAUGGACUUUUAGGUGGUUCCGGUUAUAGUGUUGCCUGUACGGUAGAAGUAGAAAACUGGACCAAAUACCCUUUGAUUUACCCCGAAUCAUACAUCAAUGGUGGCAUUAUUCAAGCUCCACCGGUGGUAGUGAGACCAGGACAAAGGGAGCAGUUCGUAGCACACAAAACCGGGAAUACCGCUACAGGUACAUACGGAACAGCAUCCUGGUUAAUAUCGUCUACUAGUAAGAGAGCAGUCGUCAUGUGGAGUUGUCCAUACAGUUUUGAUUUACACAUCAACGAACUAGGCGUCGGGCUAACAGAUAAAGGGGUUACACAACAUAAAGACUGGUUCCAACAAAUGGAGUCUGGGACAAGCGGCUCUGGUUUAAAUUUCCGACGUGGAGAAUAUUACUUACAUACUAAAACAAUAUCUAUUAAGGACAGCCAAUUUGAAGUCACUGGCAUUAUGGGGACCAGCCAUAAAGCUAAAGCUCGCAUCAUCGUACGACCAUUUGAGUUAAAUGAUCUUGCAGACUCAUUGAAAGUGCAGGUUGAGAAAGUACCUAUUGUUGGGUAGCUUCAAUACUGUACAAUUGUCGAUUUUUUAUCGAUUGUUUCUUGUACUUGUAAAAACUAUUGAUUGUUCAAAUACUAAAUUUUUAAAUUAUUGAAUUGUAGAAAUACUGUUGGAUGCUUGUCAACUUUUUAAUACAUGUAAUACGCCAAAUAACACCCCCAGGGCAAAGUGAACAUAAAAACAGUGUUAGAUGCA